UCUACCUCCAUUCAUCAUUGAACCAGGGAUGAAGCUGAGAUGGAGUAUUUAAAAAUAGCUCAAGACCUGGACAUGUACGGCGUCAAUUACUUUUCAAUCAGGAAUAAAAAGGGAACAGAUCUUCUGCUGGGAGUGGAUGCCCUUGGUCUGCAUAUCUACGAACCGGAAAACAAGCUGACUCCCAAAUGCUCCUUCCCAUGGAACGAGAUCCGCAACAUAUCCUACAGCGACAAGGAGUUUACCAUCAAACCUUUGGACAAGAAAACCAACAUCUUCAAGUUCAACUCUUCACGACUAAGAGUCAACAAGCUGAUUCUGCAGCUGUGCAUCGGGAACCAUGACCUGUUCAUACGCCGACGUCGAGUGGACUCCCUUGAGGUCCAGCAGAUGAAGUCUCAAGCCAGAGAAGAGAGGGCCAGAAAGCAGGUAGAGCGACAACGUCUGCAGAGGGAAAAGCAGCUGAGAGAGGAAGCGGAGCGAGCCAGAGACGAGCUGGAGAGGAGGCUCAUUCAGCUGCAGGACGAGGCUCACAUGGCCAAUGAGGCGCUACUGCGCUCAGAACAGACGGCAGACCUGCUGGCUGAAAAGGCCCAGAUCGCAGAGGAGGAGGCCAAGCUGUUGGCCCAGAAAGCUGCCGAGGCUGAGACGGAGAUGCAGCGCAUCAAAGUGACCGCCAUGCGUGGCCAGGAGGAGCGACGCAUUAUGGAACAGAAGAUGCUGGAGGCUGAGAUGCGAGCGCUCAAGAUGGCUGAGGACUCGGAAAGGAGGGCUAAAGAGGCUGAGCAGCUGAAGCAGGACUUGCAGGAAGCCAGGAAUUCAGAGCGCAGAGCAAAAAACAAGCUGCUGGAGAUUACCAGCAAGGCCAUCUAUACGUCACCUGGACUUCCAUCUGACAGCGUCCCUCAAGAACUUAACUUUAGCAGGGAGAAUCUCAGUUUUGACUUCAAAGACACCGACAUGAAACGCCUGUCCAUGGAGAUUGAGAAGGAGAAAGUCGAAUAUAUGGAGAAGAGCAAACACCUGCAAGAGCAGCUGAAUGAGUUGAAGACGGAGAUUGAAAGUCUAAAGCUUAAGGAGCGGGAGACUCCUCUGGACAUCAUUCACAACCAGAACACAGAACAGGGGACCAGUAAGCAAAGCAACUUUAAAAAGGUAUAUAUAUACAUAUAUAUAUAAAAUUAGUGGCAAUGUGUGAGAAA